GCACAGAUUUUGCUGUUAGUUACUGGCUGUGGGGUUGAAGUUACUGAGUCGUCCUCCAUCCACCAUUUGGAUCUAUGCUUUCUCUGGCAGCCUAGAGACCACCCUGCACUGGAGGAGAAAGUGAAUUUUAAUUAAAGGGCAUCCUAGCAGGACUGAACAAGCAGCCAUGAGCAACGAGUGUGAACUGUACGAGAAGAAGUUUAAAGAUGUGACCCUGCACCAUUUUCGAGGGGGACUCUCCGCUCUCCUCAACUUUGCCAACUACGUCAAUGCCUAUGGGUACAGGGAUCUGGAGGAGUCGGAAUGCACCGAGAUCAAGACGGUGCUGGAGACUGCCCACAAGGCGAUGACCAAAGCUGAGGAUGCGGCCGGAAGUUUUAUUGAGUCGCUGAUGAAGGACACCCUGCAGCUGGCCCUGGACUUCGACAAGGUCAAGUUGAAAAGGAAAAACCUGAAGGAGAGCCUGCAGGCCAAGAAGUACGAGAUGAUGUUAUUGGAGAACCAGAGGUUCCAGGUCAGCGACCAGCUUCAGGCCGCCAGAAUGUCCCUGCAGCACACAGAGAACGCCCUGAACGCCGCUGAAGUGAGGAAAGGAGAGAAGACAACUGGCAGGGACAUGGGGAUCGGCCUGAUACUGCUCGCUCCUUGUGUUGAUGGCCACAACACUGGGAAAGUAGUUGUGGAAGACUCACCCAGUGACCCCAGCUGGAGAAUGCACAGGUUUCCUCAGGACCCGCUGAGAACGACAGCGACAGGGAUCCCCAUGACAGUCGACUACAACAAAGAGCUGAAGAGCACGAGGAAACUGUUGAGGGAUGUCGAGAAACAGUUGUACAAACUCAAGGACACCGUCAAGGAGAAGGAAGAGGAAAUGACGAAAGGCAACAGUCAGAUCCUGGAGAAUAGCAAGGAAACCAAAAUGUUGAAGGACAACUUAGCCCAGACAGAGAUCGAGGUGGAAAGAAUGCAGAUGGUGGUUGGGGCCCUGAAUGACACCAAGACCAAACUUAAGUUCUGUUACAACUAUCUCUAUGGUCUCCAAGGACUUGUGGAGGUGUUGUAUCAGAGCAGUGAGGAUAUAUACAGCCUGGAUCCCAUCAAGGAGGCAAUAGAGGACACUUUGAUAGCCAUCCAGCAGCCAAACUCCCACAAUGAGUUGUUAACCUGCAAUGUAGAUGUCCAGAAGGUAGCCACAGGUCUGAGAGCAAUCCAAUAUCAAAUAGACAGGAAGCGAAUCUGACAGCUCAGCUUGGGCCAAUCCCACCACCGCCCGCUGACUCUUCAUCAACCGAUGGGUGUGGAAUAAGAAAGGUGGUGUGUCCCAGUGGGGAGAAACCAGGAGCAAUUCUCACACUGUCAGGUUUGAGGGAACUAAUUUACUAAAUUUCAAACGAUAAAUAUUUGGCGAAAAAGAGAAAAUCUUUCAGGGCUGCGAAAUACGAACUAAGGGUGUGGGAUAGAUCAGUAUGGACACAAGAAAAUAAGAGCAGCAGUAGGCCACUCAGCCCCUCAAGCCUGCCCCAUCUUCAAUAUAAUUACCGCUGACUUGUACUGGUCUCAAUUAUUCUGUGCCAGUUCCCCAUACCCCUCAAUUCCUCAAUCUUAAAAAUAUUUAUCUCGCUCCACUUUCAAUAUAAUCAAAUGAUUUGGAGCUCCAAAAGGCUGGAACCUAUCCAGUGGGCCAAAUGGACUUGUUCAAUGUUGGUAAACUCCAUUGGAUGUGUUAAAGCAAUUGAUUGGGACAAUGUCAUGUGCACACUCACCGCAGAUAGCUGCAAGAACAGAGCAGAUAGCCUUGAGGCAACCAGGUCCAUCUACUGCAGGGUUUUUGCAGUCUUCCAGGCAAGUCCCUGGCUACAGCAUGGGCUGCAGAGUUUAGGGUUGCCAACUGUCCCGUAUUAGCCGGGACAUCCCAUAUAUUGAGCUAAAUUGGUUUGUCCCAUACGGGACCGCCCUUGUCCCGUAUUUGACUGCUACUACUCGGGUUGAGGGGACUGUCAGGUCGGAGCGCCCGUCCGGCCCUGCCUCACCCGUCCCGAUUUAGUGCAGCCCAUGGAGUGCAGCAGCAGCGCCUCACCCAUGGCCCCGUCGAUCAGCAGCCGCCUACACUUACCGCCAACACCAUCACUCCUCAGUUCAUGAGUUGGAUGGUGUGCCGGACUUUGCGCGGCCCCUGUGCCCAGGCCAAAACUCCUCAGCUGGCCCGCCGGGUGGGCUUUGUGUGCAGUCCAGCACCCAGGCCAACUCAUCGUUCAACCAGCCAUGGCUGUGUCGGUCAACGAAUUGCCGUUGGGAAUCGGUCCCUUAUUUUGACCUUUUGUUCCUUAUUUAGGAGUGAGAAAGUUGGCAACCCUACCAGAGUUCAGACUGAGUCAGUAGAGCCUCCAGAAGCUGAAUGCAGCCAAGUACACCAUUAAAUCUGCAGUUAGCUUUGUUCACCCACCAACCUUCACCAACUUCUUCAGAAUCAUCUCAGGGUUAGUCAAGCUUCAGCCUGAGAGAAAAGCUUUGUCACGACAGGGAAGUUGAAUUAUCGGUGUCAGGUUAUAGCAGGCGAAGGUGAGACCUGCAUCUUUCACUACCCACAGCCAUUGAGUGAUGAAAAGCAGCUUCCCCGUCCUUCAAUGUUCAUCUCGCUGUCAAUGAUUCCUCCUCUCGGGGACCUGGGAUUAUUUUUGCGUGCCCGUAGAAUUACACAGCACAGAAAUAGGCCCUUCGGCCCACCAUGCCUAUGCUGACCAUCACACACCCAUCUAUAGUAAUCCCAUUUACCAGCACUUGGUCUAUUCUUUGGAGAUUCCUCUCAAUAUUGCAAGGGUAUUGCUGGCCUGUUAUGCCAGAGAUAGCUUCUAAUCCCUGGUCUGGCUGCUAGUGCUUGGUGCACUAUGGGCUCCCAUCACCUUGACCCACUCAUUCACCAACCUAGCCCUGCCAUCUGCAGCGUCUAGGGAGUAUGAAAGGAGGGGUGCUGGACUGACAUAAAUCCCCAUGUGCCAUCCGUCUAAUGGAACAGCACGCAGUGACUGCCCUGAUUUUACCUCCUUCCAGCCACACCUGAUGUAUUCAUGACCACUAGAAUGGUAAUGAGAAAUUAAACCAGUGUCUGCACCAUAUAACCACAGGCAGGUGAAUCCACGGUCUGAUGCCUUCCCCUUGGACCCCAUAUCCACUUUAACUCAGGAGCAGUGGGAGGGCAGAGGGCCUAAUGUGAAUCCAGUUUCCCAGCGAACCCUGAGGUGCAGGAGGGCACACCCAGUCCUCCCCACCAUGAGAAUCCCAUGUCCCCUGCUGCAUACCACAUUGCGGGAACUUGCUGUGUACACAGGAGUUCUCCUGCUGCCUGCAGUCUAACAGACACCACAAUUCAGAAUGUUCCCAAGUGCAAAGAGUGUCAUAUAUCCUGAGCCCAUGGCAGGUUGCUAUCAAAAUUCAGGUACUUGUUUUAAGCAGAGAUUACGGGCUGAUAGGUCCAUAGUUUGACCCCAAAUGGGUGCAGAUGGCAGGAACUCAGUGAAGCUCUCAAUAAAUGGGCCAACGUUCCAGCAUUGAUUCCUGCAUCCCAGACUGCAUCCUCCCACACCCUCGCCCCACUUCCUCCUUUGCGCUUUUUUAAAUCUUCCUUAGGUGGCUCGGUGGCAAAUAUUACUGGAUACUCGCUUCUGCAAAUCUCAUUUUUAAUUGUUAAAUAUUGAAUUGUAAUUGUACUUGCUCAAUUAUGUUGUCUUUUGAGGCCGCACAUUCCAAGUUAAACAGGAUCUGCGGUUCUCGAUCUGUUUUGUGGACCAAUCUCGCUACGAGAGAGUUUCACUUUGACAUCGCCAGGAGCGGUGAUGACCAAAGAUUGGUGGAGGGAAAGGUGUUUAUGUUGUUGACUAUACAAAACUCAAAAUGAUUGUAAAAUAAUUAUAUUUUUAUUACAAUACUUGGUUGCCAGUUGUUGGAGACAUGAGCCAGUUGAAGAGAUACUGAACAUAAAUGACAACUUUUAUAUCUUUAUAGAAUUAUUCCCUGACCUUGAUGUUGUUGACUUGUGUUAAGUAGCGAUGUGUCACAGUCUAACCUGCCCCAAUAACGGCCAUUAGUGUUGGUCAAAGACCAACAAUCCCAGGGCUAACAGGUUAGUCUGGUAAAUGUGCUGAGUUAGUUCAAGUGACUCUGAUACCACAAACAGCUUAAUGUUUGAUCGGGGCUUACUGGCCACCAGUGCCAUUCUUAUCCUCACAAUUAACAACAAGGGACACAUCCCAAACACUUUGUGGCUGAGAUUUAAAGUCUGAGGAUAGUAAUGUUCCGAUAACUGGUGUACAUUUUACUCAUUACUGAUUUGUUUCAUUGCACCUAUUUGUAGAAAAAGAGCUUGAUUUUCAUUGCACAAAGUUUCUGCACCUUAUGUUACACGUUCAAUAAAGAAUGCUGGAAUAAU